GGGCAGUGGCUAUCCAUCGGACGUGUGUUGACUCAGAAGGAAAAAACUGAUUAUGAUAUGGCAUGUGCCUUGAAAAGAGUUAUUGUUGCUGAGUUGCAAGCACGUAAACGGGCUGAUCCUCACUAUCCCGUGCCAUUUAUACUCGUCUGUAAAAGAACCAUAAGACUAAGAAUCGAAAAACAGUACUCCACCAUCGAAGAAGCCGCCUCCCGUUACUCCAUAUCUACCGAAGCUAUACUUCGAGAAAAGCAACGUCAUAACGAAACUCUACAUUCUGAUGCAAGAAGUACAAAGCGUCCUGCAUAUGUUGGCCCACUCAGGGAUUCGCGCCGUGCGGGCGGUCCUCAUUAA